GGAGGUGUGCUGUUUUACACGCGCGAGUUCACCGGAGUUUCCUUCCACGGUUGCUUCAACGGUUAACUCGGCGUCAUUACGACGCCGCUUCGCUAUCGCGUUCUCAUCUCCCUCCAGUUCGUUUCAUAGCCGGACCUCUCCUUCCUGUUAAAGAGCCGAGACGAGCACGACGAACUCGCAAACGGCCAGGGCGAAGAAUUCCUUCCUUGCUUCACUUCCACGCGGAGUCCGGGCCGGGGCAGAAUUGCAGUAUUGCAGCUUCAGUCAAUAAACCCUAGCCCCUCUCUUCCUCACGGGCCCUCCUUCCCGUAUGGACGGGUCCCAUAUCGCCGCCGCAUCGCCGGAGGCCGGAGGGGCGUCCUCGUCGGCGUCGUCGGCCUCGUCUUACGGCGGUUCGGCGUCCGGGCGCUCCUGGCUGCGGAAGGGGGUGCACCUGCGCCGGCGCCGGAGGCGGGUGGCCGUUAGGGGAGGGGAGAGAGCCGGUGGCGACGAUGUGCAAGAUCUCGCGCUGCCUCUCGGGAUGUCCUUCGCGGCGGUGCUUGCCCAGGUUCUAAAUAGAUGCAAUGGUUCUGAAGGAAGAUUACGACCUGAUGUCCUCUCAAAGAUGUGUACCUCGGCAGUGAAGGAGUCCUUAACAAAUAUUUAUGGUGACAGAUUUCAGAGUUUCAUGGGUAACUUUGAGAAAGCUUUUGGUAGUACAUUGAGAACCAUUCACCUUAUCAAUGAAACACCUGUCUAUGAACAAGAUAUGGCACAAUGUUCUUACAAAGAUGGUAAUUCUGUACCUGAAAUCAAGUUGGGUGGUGCUGAUUCAUUACCUGAAAUAAAGUUGGGUGGUGCUGAUUCACAAAGUCAGAUACAUGAUGUCCAGACUGACAUGCCCUCGAGUUCCAUGAAUAAUCAGAUUGUUCUUCAUGCGGGCGUCAAUCACCAGCUGGUUCACCUUACUCGUAGCAGAUCUAAUCCAGAAAUUGAUCAGCACAUCCUUAGUGUAUUUGAGAGAUCUCUGAAUGAGCAAACUCGUUCAAAUGAGCUCAAGGAGCUUGAAAUAGGACUUACUAUGAGAAAAUUGCAAUUGAGCCGAUCUCAGUUAGCUCUGAGCUCUGAAUCACACAUGUUAGAGAAGAUCAAAGUUUCUAUGGGAUUUGAGAAAGCCUCUUUCAAAGAGAAGAAAUUCAAGACUGAAAUGGAGGAUACAAAGCAUGCAGAACUUUUCAGGAAACUUAUAGAUAUGCUUCUUACUGCAGUGGUACUCAUGUCUGUCUGUUUUGGAUAUGGAACAUAUAUUUACUCGUACCAGAGGAUAACUGCUGCUACUUCAGCUUGUGCAGCAAUUUCAAGGGAGUAUACAUCUUGGUGGAUGCCAAGUUCAGUGUCCGCAUUCAACUCUGGUUUGCUGCUUUUCAAAUGCCAUGUGAUAGCAGCAACAAGGAUAUUCUUUGGAAUUUUGAUGCUCCUAUUAAUUGGUUGGUUGAUAUUCCAGCGUUCUGCAAUGACUGGACCAAACAUGCCAGUAACAUUCAAUGUUAUGAUAUUGGGAGUUCUUUGUGGUUAUUUUGGAAGCCGUUGUGUCGACACAUUGGGUGGGGAUGGAAAUGUAUGGCUUAUAUACUGGGAGGCCCUUUGCUCCAUCCAUUUACUUGGAAACAUUUGGCCAUCUCUUUUACAUCACAUACUCUAUGGUCCUAUUUCUGUGACUCACAGGACCAAGGCUGUUCAUUUACCAUAUUGGACCCGCCGAUACGCAUUUUAUGUUUUGGUGACACUUAUUCUGCCAUGCUUGGCUGGUUUGCUGCCAUUUGCAUCUCUGUCAGACUGGAAAGAGCUUGCAGUUCAAUAUUUGAAGUCCAGAUUCAGUGGAAGUAACAUUGAGGAUUGAUUAUUUAGAAGAUUGGUUGUGGUUAUCGGUGUAAGCUCAACCCCAUUUUGUGAAGGUGUAAAAGGUUUUGCAGUUUUAGCCACUGUUGUUCAAUAGAACCACAUGAAUUGGAUUUCAGUGUAUUAAAGGAGGAAAGCUAUUUUGUUUGGCUUCAUUUCAUCCUCACACCGAAGAUAUGUAGACAGAGCUAUUGGAAUGACAACAAAAUCUUUCCUUUCCUUGUAGUGAAAUAUCAGAUGGGCCAGGUUCUGUAGUUGUGCUCCUAUGUGCAUGGCUACUUAUAUCAAGAGCAAGACUUCAUAUCGCCAAUGUAAUUUUUUGUUACCAGGAAGCUUAUAAAUAUAAUUAGUCUCUGCAGUUUCAUUGCA